CUAUUGCUCUCUUUCUACCUCUGGCACUCUCUCUCACUCUCUCUCAGUCAAAGGGGGGGAUUCUCCGUAACCAGCCGUAGCUUAAUGUGAUCCUCUCUUCUCAUCCCUUCAUUGAUGUUCUCUCUCUUUUUUUUUAUCAUUUUCUCCUCUUCUGCUGCCGAUGUCACAGCUGACAGUGUUUGGAUGCUACUAAGGUGCACAAAGCGUAGAGGGAAAGGAGAAUAACUUUUAAGCUGUCAGUGUACCUUUUCUUUGAAUCUAGACAUUUUGGUUUGGUUUAUUUGCUGUUGAGAGACUAGUCAACAAUGGAGGGAUUUCUGUCAUGUUGAUGACUCAUUUGGGUUAUUUUCUUCCUUGGAGAUUGCUGGAUAUAGAUUCUUUUUGUUCCACCUGUGUGUUUCACCUCUCAGAUACCCUGUAGAAUCUGUUGGGACUUUUAUGGAGUGUGAAAUUUUUGCAGUAAGUGUGAAGUUUGGAGGGGCAAAGUGAGACAAAGCAUGGCUAAUGGAACCACAUCUGAGUGUUGAACCCUUCUGUCCUGGGAGGUCGUCCAGCAUCCAGAUAUGACCACAGUGUCCAUGGAGCCUGUUGAAGUACUCACGGAAAGGGGUGCCAAUGCCACCAAUCCUCCUCUGAACACGCAUGAGGACACAGCCGCAACCUUUACCAUCGGCACCAUCCUCUCCAUCAUGUGCCUCGUUGGAGUCUCAGGGAACAUCUACACCCUGAUGGUCAUGUGCCAAUCCAUGAGGACUGCAGCCUCUAUGUACAUCUACAUCAUAAACUUAGCUUUGGCAGAUCUGCUGUAUCUUCUCACCAUACCCUUCGUAGUCUGCACACACUUCCUAAAGUGGUGGUACUUUGGGGACGCAGGGUGUCGGAUUCUGAUCAGCAUUGACUUCCUGACCAUGCAUGCCAGUAUCUUCACGCUGACUGUCAUGAGCACGGAGCGCUACUUUGCUGUGCUCAAGCCACUCGACACAGUCAAGCGGUCUAAAAGUUACCGGAAGGCCAUCGCUCUACUAGUCUGGGUUGCAUCUCUCAUCCUCACCCUACCAAUGAUCGUAGGCAUUCAGCUAAGGACAGUGGGCGACAAGGCUAUGUGUCAGCCCACCUUGUCGCCACUCUCCUACAAGGUUUACAUCUCCUUCCUGUUUUGCACUAGCAUUGUCGCCCCUGGACUGAUCAUUGGCUAUCUCUACAUCCAGCUUGCACGCGCUUAUUGGGUUUCACAGACCGAGACCUUCAAACAGACUAAGAAACUUCCCAAUCAAAAGGUGCUGUACCUGAUCUUUACCAUUGUGCUCCUCUUCUGGGCCUGCUUUCUGCCCUUCUGGAUCUGGCAGCUGCUGGGUGAGUUCCACCCCUCGCUGUCCCUGUCUACCGAAACCAAACGCAACAUCAACUACCUGACCACGUGUCUGACGUAUUCCAACAGCUGCAUUAAUCCUUUUCUGUACACGCUGCUCACCAAGAACUACAAGGAGUACCUGAGGAAGCACAAGCGGUCCUGGUCAGCUGGCAGCUACUUCAACAGGAAGAGUCGCUUUCAGCGUUCACCACGCAGGUCGCCAUCUUCCAGCAGUCAGCAGUGUACUGAGAGCUUUAUGCUCACACACACAGCCUCCCUGCGAGCACAUAACACCAGUUUGUAAGGUAGGAGCAGAUUUUUCUGACUGACACUUGUAAUUUUGUUAGCUGAUGUGAAAACCAAAAGUAUGACUAACUCUUUUCCCUAAACACAGCUUAGCACUGUAGUCAUUUCCAACCAUUAUGGCUAUUAUUACCAAUUAUGCAUCAACAGCGUGAAAGCCAGUGGAUGGUUUAGACUUAGUGGCUUUGUUGGACUUUUCUAUCAGAGGAAAGAUUGGUUCUGAUGGGUUAUGUGAUUACAGAUGGUAUUGAUUUCUGGCCCUUUGAAAACACUUCUGUUUAGGAUUCCUACUUCCUGGUAUGCAGUGUAAACAGUGGUGCCUCUUGAUGUUUAUGUAUGGAACUGGUUGAGAUGGUAAAACAUUUUCAGCAACAAUAAAUAUUCGAUUGCAUGUGAAAUUCAGAAGAUUCAGGACAGCAAUGGGAUUCCGUCAAUAAACUCUUUGUGCCAUCGGUUUUCAGAGAAUUAUCUCUUACCUCGAAGGGGCACAAAGCAUGUGUGAAUCAAACUCAUAAUUCAUAUUGAGCCAAGAGAUAGUCGACCUAUACGUAUUUG